AUGCUGUUCUUUUUUCCAGACUCUCAAAAACCUUGUGAGAGCAAAGAGAAUUCAGUUGUAAGAUUUAGUCCUCAAUGUCCCGUGGAUUCAGUUAUUGUCGAAUCAACUCCUGUACCAGAGAGGACUAGCGUGUCUUGGACAUCUGUUGAGGACUAUGACCUGCAGUCAUUACUGGGCGAAGGUGGCUUUGGAAAAGUAUACCUUGCACAACACAAAUGUAAUGGGAAAAAGGUUGCCAUCAAGGCUUUAAAAAAGGAAGGGAUAAAGGCAACUAAACAAGUUUCAAGGUUAAACCUAGAGAGGAGUAUACUUGAAGAGGCUAAAAGAGAGAAAAAUCCUUUCCUUGUUGGCCUAUUCGCCUCAUUUCGGACUGAACAUCACCUUUGCUUAGUAAUGGAUUACUGUGCUGGUGGUGACUUAGAUAGCUAUUUCAAACAUGGUGCCUUUUCAAGAGAGAGAGCUGUAUUUUACGCAGGUUGUGUUGUCCUGGGCUUGCAGUUUCUGCACACAAGAAAUAUAAUUCACCGAGAUAUAAAGCCAGAAAAUGUUUUGUUGGACUCUGAUGGUUAUGCCAAAAUCACUGAUUUUGGAAUCGCCAUUAAAACUAUGGGAUUUGAUGGCAAAACUAUGAGUAAAUGUGGAAGCUGUUACUAUCUGGCCCCUGAAAUUUUCGGUAACCAUGGCUACAGAAAAUCUGUGGACUGGUGGGCAUUAGGAGUAAUGAUAUAUGAAAUGCUACUGAAACAAAUGCCAUUUAAUGGACGAAAUAAGGAAAAGAUUUUUAAUAGCAUCAUAAAUAAGGAGCCAAAGUAUCCCAAAAAACUGGGUGAAGACGCAACUAUUAUAAUCAAACAGCUCUUAAGAAAAGAUCCAGAUAUGAGGAUUGGAUCAAGUGAGCGUGAUGCUGAGGAAGUGAAGGAAUGUUCAUUCUUUAAGGAACUGGACUUUGAAGCCCUUUCGAAAAAACAGAUAAAUCCCCCAUUCAUUCCAAAACAGAAAACACCUGGAUGUUUCUGUAAAUUUAGACAUCCAAAACAGGUUGUAUUGUCAAGUGAACAAUACAAACCACCACUUAUAUUUGUAGAAAAGGCGUUUGAAGACUUUGACUGUUUUGUAGAAUGCUGAAACCUUGCAAUCUUUAUGCAAUCAGGACAAGGAGACUACGAGAGUUAUUGUAGAAAACGUCAUUUAUGUAUGAAUUGAUAUAAUCCCCAAAAGUGCAUUUCUUAUUUUAAAACCCUCCAUAACCCCCCACAGCCUACUGUUACCUCUAAUGAGUGGCACCAUUAUUGCCCAGUUGCUUCUGAACAGUUGGCUGUGGGGGUGUUGGUGCAAUGUAAUCACUAUUCCAACCUAUUGAUGCAUUGCAAUGACCCCCAAACCCAGUCUAAUGAUAGGCGAUAGAGCCAAGCAACUGGGCAACCUACA